AUGGCCACCGAGGCAGUCGAUUUGCCCGAGGAGCACCUCAAGACUCAGCAAGAGGGCGCCGACGAUGAGGAAGAAAUCGCCGCCAUGAAGAAACGGGUCGCCGAGAUGGAAUCCGAAGCAGCCAAACUCCGUGAGAUGCAAGAAACCCUAGACGAGCAGUCGGAAAGCUUGCGCGAGGACAAGGAAGACAUCGACGCCAGGAGUAUAUUCGUCGGCAACGUCGACUACGGCGCUUCUCCAGAGGAGAUCCAGGCACACUUUCAGAGCUGCGGCUCGAUCAACCGCGUGACGAUUCUGUUGGAUAAAUUCACCGGCCAUCCUAAAGGAUAUGCCUAUGUGGAAUUCGCAGAGCCUAGUCUUGUUGCACAAGCCUUGGUGCUGAAUGAAAGCGUCUUUCGCGGACGAAACUUGAAGGUGACGCCAAAACGCACGAACCUUCCAGGCUUGGCCCGAGGCCGCGGUCGAGGACGUGGUGGUCGUGGAUUCGGUCGAGGUGGCUUCCCUCCUCGUGGUGGAUAUCGUGGAGGCUUUCGUGGUCGGGGUCGUGGCUUCCCUGACCCUUUCGCUGUCGCCACAAUCGGCGGCGAGCAGACUCACACGACCUCCGUGAUAAGAAAGACUUUGAACCCGUACUGGAACGAGACCUUUGAUCUAAAAGUCAACGAGGAUAGUAUUCUUGCGAUUCAGAUCUUUGACCAGAAGAAGUUCAAGAAGAAGGACCAGGGAUUUCUUGGCGUCAUCAAUGUGCGCAUUGGCGAUGUCAUUGAUCUUCAAAUGGGAGGCGAUGAAAUGCUCACUCGUGAUUUGAAGAAAUCAAACGACAAUCUUGUCGUACAUGGAAAACUUAUCAUCAACCUGUCUACUAACCUUGCUGCCCCGAAUCCCAGUCAAAAUGGUGCCCAGCGGCCUCAACCUAAUGCUCCGGGUGUGCCGACGACAGUCCCGCAGAUACAAACCCCACCUGCCCAAGGCCCGAGCCUUGCAGAUGGUCCAGCUGUAUCGCCAGUUGCAGCAGGUCCAGCGCCAUCAUUUCCCCUUACGCGUGCUUCUUCGGGAGCUCGACCGACGAGCGGGCUGUCAGCCGCAAAUGGUACUCCACAACCUCCGUCUAAUGGACAAACCGCACAGGGCUCAAGAACAAACUUGAGCUCGUUUGAAGAUAACCUAGGCCGGCUGCCUGCGGGCUGGGAACGGCGUGAAGAUAAUCUAGGAAGAACGUACUAUGUUGAUCACAAUACGAGGACUACAACCUGGAACCGGCCGUCGGCGAACUAUAACGAAAGUGCCCAGCGAUCGCAACGAGAGGCGAACAUGCAAAUGGAACGUAGAGCCCACCAAAGCCGAAUGCUGCCAGAGGAUCGUACUGGUGCCAGCUCUCCGAAUCCGCAAGACCCACCCCCAGCAACCACGCCGCCUGCAGGAGGGAGUACCAGCGCGCAGAAUGCGGCCAGUGCAGCCAACGCCGUCUCCAUGGCUGCGACAGGAGUCACGACAGCAGGCACUGGUGAGCUUCCGGCCGGUUGGGAACAGAGAUCGACUCCCGAGGGUCGGCCUUACUUUGUGGAUCACAACACCCGCACUACGACCUGGGUUGAUCCCCGUCGACAACAUUACAUUCGAGUAUAUGGACAGAACGCUGGCGGAGGGAACACCACUUUCCAGCAGCAAACCGUUUCACAAUUGGGUCCUUUGCCUAGCGGGUGGGAAAUGAGACUGACCAACACUGCUCGUGUUUAUUUCGUGGAUCACAACACCAAGACGACUACCUGGGAUGACCCCCGCCUCCCCUCUUCUCUCGACCAAGGCGUUCCGCAGUACAAGCGAGACUUCCGUCGCAAGCUCAUCUACUUCCGAUCCCAACCCGCGUUACGAAUCAUGUCUGGACAGUGUCAUAUCAAGGUCCGGCGUAGCAACAUCUUUGAAGACUCAUACGCCGAAAUUAUGCGUCAAAGCGCGUCGGAUUUGAAGAAGCGUUUGAUGAUCAAGUUUGAUGGAGAAGAUGGUUUGGAUUACGGUGGACUCUCACGGGAGUACUUUUUCCUUUUAUCUCACGAAAUGUUCAAUCCCUUUUAUUGCCUUUUUGAAUACUCUGCACACGACAACUAUACUCUUCAAAUAAAUCCUCAUUCCGGUAUCAACCCCGAGCAUUUGAACUACUUCAAAUUUAUCGGUCGUGUUGUUGGACUUGCCAUCUUCCACCGACGCUUCCUGGACUCGUUCUUUAUUGGCGCAUUCUACAAGAUGAUGCUCCGAAAGAGGGUCACGCUGCAGGAUAUGGAGGGUGUCGAUGAGGAUUUCCACCGCAAUUUAUCGUGGACACUUGAAAACGAUAUUGAAGGCAUUGUCGAACUUACGUUUUCCAUCGACGAUGAAAAGUUUGGUGAACGAGAUACGAUUGACUUGAUGGAGGAUGGGAGAAACAUCCCCGUCACAGACGAGAAUAAGCAAAAAUACGUCGAACUUGUCACGGAAUGGAAAAUUCAAAAGCGUGUCGAACAGCAAUUCAACGCAUUCAUCUCCGGUUUCAACGAGCUCAUUCCCCAGGACUUGGUGAAUGUGUUUGACGAGCGAGAGUUGGAGCUGCUGAUUGGCGGUAUUGCCGAUAUCGAUGUUGAUGAUUGGAAGAAACACACAGAUUACCGUGGAUACCAAGAAUCCGACGAGGUCAUCCAGAACUUCUGGAAGAUUAUUCGUACUUGGGAUGCAGAGCAAAAGUCGCGACUGUUGCAGUUUGCCACGGGCACGUCUCGUAUCCCAGUCAACGGAUUCAAGGAUUUGCAAGGUUCGGACGGACCUCGACGGUUUACGAUUGAGAAAUCGGGAGACCCUGCCGCACUUCCCAAGUCACACACCUGCUUCAACCGACUCGACCUUCCACCAUACAAGUCUAACGAAGCCCUACUGCAGAAGCUGUCCAUAGCGGUUGAAGAAACCCUAGGUUUCGGACAGGAGUAG